AUGGCAUCGUUGGACAUUGACAAGGAAAAUCUCCGAAUACAUUUUAUAGCUUGGCAAAGGUUUACCAAGUACAUACGACAGAAGCGAGUUCGUCUGAUACUACAAUGGCAGCAGGCCGUCGAAUUUGAUAGAAAGAAGACCCUAAAAAGAUUUCUCAAGAAAUGGCGAGAAGUUUAUGUACUAGAACUGCGAAAAUCAAAGCAAGCCGAGAUCAAGUAUCUUGGCAUCGAUGCGAAUGAAGAUCCUCGUAUGUGGGAUGACGACGCUGAUGACAAUUCGCUUCAGAAACUAUUCAAGAAAUGGAGGGUCAGAUACAACACCUAUUCCUCGCUCGGUGAGAUGGUUGAGGAUGAAUACAACACCAAACUGUUGAAAAUGGCUUUUUAUCACUGGAAGCAUCUAUAUCAACGGAAAAAAACCAUUCAGAUAUUGAAAACGAAAUCCGUUGACAAGCCAUUUGCUACUAGCGUAUUAGCAGAGUGGUUAUCAUGGGCAGUACAGAGAAAACACGCUCGUGACGAAAAGGCCAUUAAUCGAAUACAAUCCGAAGUAACAAACACUGCCGUGAGCGGUACAUCGCUUUUGGGUGAGGCAACGAUGGCAAAGUAUUUCGCACUAUGGAAAAAUAGACUCGCACACAUCCGUAGAUGUCGAGGGACUGCUAAAUUACACCACGAACGAAACAUAUUAAAGAAGGCAUUUAAUCGAUUUCCACGGGCCUAUUUAAAAAUCCAGCAUCUUUCAACACGAUGCUCGCAAUACCUUGCACAGAAGCCUUGCAAAAUAACUCAUCGUGCUUACUUAAAGUGGUCCAAGGGAUUUCGUUUACACCAAUUAACUUAUCAUAAUGCGAUAAUAAAUUACGAGAAAACUUUGACACGCAAAGCAGUUAUCAAGUGGUCUCAUUCUUUAUAUGAUCUUCGUCGGCAAAGAUUAAAAGCACUCGAGCAUGAUAAGCGACAGAUGCAACGAAGGUCUAUGCUGUGUUGGAGGCAGCGCUUUCAAAAGCAAAAAAUUAUGGCCGAGCGUGCAGAAUCACUAAUAAACAAAACGGUAUUAUGGAAGUGUCUUGGCAAAUGGCGGGCAUUACUUGCUGGGAAACAACGAGAUGGUGUUAUUGCCACAAACAUGUACAAUGCUCAUUUAUUAAAAUUGCGCUGGACGCUAUGGAAGACCAAACUAGAUUAUGUCAAAAAACGUUCGUACUGUGCCGUCGAAGCCUCUCACAGGAAUUCGCUUCGAAACAAUUUUACAAAGUGGAGGCUUGCACUAGAAAGACAACAACGUGAAAGCGAUAAUGCAAUCUUGUAUUAUACGCAGAAACUCUUAAAUCACAACUGGGAACGACUGAAAAAUAAGUGGAAAGGUCACGGCUUGGAUAACACUAAAAUGAAGACAGUUUCCGACUUUAUAAUGAGAACACGUCGAAAGAAACAGAAAAAGACGCACGAUGCAUAUCGUUUGGGGAGUAGAAAACGACCGAACACUCGUCUUGUACUUUCGAAUAUAUUAUCGGAACUUCCCAAACACUAUUCUACAUCAGAAAAUGCGAUUGCUAUUUACGACUUUCGCCUUGUCAAUACAUGUUUGAUUAUUUGGCGCCAGCGCUAUCAUGUCGUGAGAACGCAGAGAGAAGCGGAAACUUACUAUGCUACGAGAGUUCUUUCACGUGCAUUAAAACACUGGAGAGAUCGAUGUGAAGUCAAUCAAGAAAUCAAUUACUUGGAAUCAUUAAGGCCCUUUACGAAAGCGAACAGCGAGAGAAUACUCCGGAAACAUAGAAAAGAGCAGAAAGUAUUUCUUCUGCGCGCAUACUUUUUUGUUUGGAGGACUAGGGCUGAAUCAAAAGUCAUUCAAAGCUAUGAGGAAUCUGUUUUAAGACAGGCUUUUACAGUGUGGUACGAUUGGGCUGUCGGCAGCAGAAAUCCUGAUAAAAAAACCAUUUCUGAAGCAUUUGCUACAUGGAAAUGGCGUUAUGAGAGGGAAGAAGCCCAAAGAACCCGUGCUGCAUACAUAUAUGAAAGUUCUACUACACGCAAGUUCUUCUCUGUCUGGCGCUCUCGUGCUAAAAAGUUGAGAGCAAAAAAGCUUGCACAGAACGUAUCGUCAUUCUUAUGUCUGGCGAAGAACGCAUGCUUAAAAUCGUUGUCAAUGGCUGACGAUAUGCUCGAACACGGAUUUAGAUUUUCCGUGCCUGUCUUGGAGUUUCUCUUAGGUACUGCUUCAAACCGUUUAGAUAAUUAA